CCUAAAUCUGCCUCACAGACCAUCUCAAUGAAAAAUCUUUUCCUCCCAGACCUAAGGAACUUCCAGCGUUAGAACAUUAUAUCCAUUAUUCUCCCACAUUCCUCAACACACCCCAGCGCACCCACCUUCUCCUUGCGAUUGGGGCACGCCUAGGCCGUUUCCUCUUGUUCUCUACCCCCCCUAUCUCGCUCCCGAGUAGCCUACCAUGGCGUGCAAACUCGCCAUCACCUCCAUGUCCCUUGGCCGGUGCUAUGCCGGUCAUUCAUUCGUUGCCAAGCUAGACGCCGCCCAAAAGUACGGGUACCAGGGGAUCGAACUCUUCCACGAAGACCUCGCCGACGUUGCUAAGGGCUUCGAUACCAUGCCCCUCUAUGGCCCGACACGCAAAGCCGAGCUCGCUGCCGCUCGCCAUAUUCUGCGUCUGUGCAAGGACCGAGGUAUCGAGAUCCUCUGCCUUCAGCCCUUCAGCCACUACGACGGACUUCUCGACCGUGAGGAGCACAAAGAUCGGUUGGACCAGCUGAAGUUCUGGUUCACUCUCGCCCGCGAGCUUGAGACCGAUAUCAUCCAGAUCCCUGCCAACUUCCUUCCCGCCGAACGAGUGACUGAAGACCUCGACUUGAUCGUCUCGGACCUGCGCGAGGUCGCUGACAUGGGCCUGGCCAUGGACCCCCCUAUCCGUUUCGCCUACGAAAGCCUCUGCUGGAGCACCCGCGUCGACACGUGGGAGCUCUGCUGGGAGGUCGUGCUGCGCGUCGACCGUCCCAACUUCGGCAUGUGCCUCGACACCUUCAACAUUGCCGGCCGUAUCUACGCCGACCCGGCCGCUUCCUCGGGCAAGACCGAAGACGCCGAGGACGCAGUCCGCGAGUCCAUCGCUUCCAUGGUGCGCCAAGUUGACGUCAACAAGGUGUUCUACGUCCAGGUCGUCGACGCCGAGCGCCUCAGCGAGCCGCUGGUCCCUGGCCAUCCCUUCUACAACGCCGACCAGCCGGCCCGCAUGAGCUGGUCUCGCAACUGCAGAUUGUUCUACGGCGAGGAGGACCGCGGCGCCUACCUUCCCGUCGCCGAGAUCGCCGAGGCCUUCUUCCACGGUCUCGGAUUCAAGGGCUGGGUCAGCCUGGAGUUGUUCAACCGCCGCAUGGCUGACGAGGGCUCCGACGUGCCCGAGGAGCUCGCUAAGAGGGGCGCCAUCUCCUGGCGCAAGCUCCAGGAUGAUAUGAUGCUGACGGUCAAGCCCAAGCCGAAGCCUGAUGUGAACCGGGUGUUUGCGUCGCUGUAGACGGUAAUGCAUCUCCUUCGUUUGUGUCGGCGUUGGCGUUCUGGGACUGGGGAUUGGCAGGAUGGGCCGUGGCGGACCACUAUAGAUGAGGGUUGGUAAACUGGGAUUCCUAGAAUGGACAGGCUUAGAAUAGUAUCUAAUACCGAGAGCAACCUCGGACAGCGACAGCGUUUCUGUUUUCUCGUUAAAUCUCUGUAUACCUACAACAAUAGAAUAAUCCACUCCCUCCC